UGGGCCUCACCAUGACCGUUGCUGUACUUAUAAUGAAAACAACUUGGUGGAUGGUGUUUAUUGUCUCCCAAUAGGACACUGGAUUGAGGCCACUGGGCACACCAAUGAGAUGAAGCACACAACAGACUUCUAUUUUAAUAUUGCAGGCCAUCACGCCAUGCAUUAUUCAAGAAUUCUACCAAAUAUCUGGCUGGGUAGCUGCCCUCGCCAAGUGGAACAUGUAACCAUCAAACUGAAGCAUGAGUUGGGGAUUACGGCUGUAAUGAAUUUCCAGACUGAGUGGGAUAUCGUACAGAAUUCUUCAGGCUGUAACCGCUACCCAGAACCCAUGACUCCAGACACUAUGAUUAAGCUGUAUAAGGAGGAAGGCUUGGUCUACAUCUGGAUGCCAACACCGGAUAUGAGCACUGAAGGCCGAGUGCAGAUGCUGCCCCAGGCCGUGUGUCUCCUGCACGCGCUGCUGGAGAAUGGACACACCGUGUAUGUGCACUGCAAUGCCGGGGUGGGCCGCUCCACUGCGGCUGUCUGCGGCUGGCUCCAGUACGUGCUGGGCUGGAAUCUGAGGAAGGUGCAGUACUUCGUCAUGGCCAAGAGGCCGGCUGUGUACAUUGAUGAAGAAGCCUUGGCCCGAGCACAAGAAGAUUUUUUGCAGAAAUUUGGGAAGGUUCAUUCUUCCAGAUGCAGUCUGUAGCUGGCUGACCUGCCUCCAUCCCUCCCAAUUUCCUUAAGGAUGCUGUGGUGAUGUUAGUCCAAUGACCUAGAAACAAAGAUUCUACCUAAACUGAAAGUACUGUGGGUGUGAGCUUCUCCCCCAAGUUGCCUCCUUUUAUCUGGGGAUGAUUUUCUACUAUGCUUUGGUUGGACUAUAUCUUUGGAAUAUUUUGCAAGGGAAGAUGUGGGUGACACACGAGAAAAGGCCAAAAGCAUCUGGGCUGUGCGUCAGAUGGAAAGGAAGCAUGUGCGGUUCCUGCAGCCUGCAGGCAGAUGAGUCCUUUGUGAUACAGGCCCGGUGUGUGUUGUGUUAUGGAUUCACAAUGGCGCUUUCUUCUUGAAUUGUAACUCCUCAGCAUGCAGAAGAAGAGAUAAGGAGUCGCAUGGAUUUCGUCACUAGUG